AUGACAACUUCUUACAAACCUUACAAUACCAAUUAUGAAGUCCGAUCCAUUAGUCUUCCAACAACAUCGCAUCCACCGUCGACUCAUAUACUCGAGAAAGAGAUUAAUGAUAUCAAGAAAUGGAUGCUAUCACCAUGUAAGCCAUCCACAAUUUGCAAUGGUUUAAUGAAGUUAUCCACAAUGUAUGAAGGCAUCCACGAGCUUAUCGGGUUGUUAUCUUCAAUCCAAGCGGAGAAAUGGGUCGUGGAGUUCAUGGACAAAUUGGUUGGUUUCUUGGAUAUUUGUGGCAUCUUGAAAGAUAUCUUGUCACAAACUAAGGAACAAGUUAUUGACCUUCAAUAUACUUUACGAAGACAAAAGGGAAAUUCAAGUAAUUUAGAAAACAAUGUUGCCAAAUACAAUUGUGUUAGGAAAAAAGUCAAGAAAGAUGUGAAAAAAUUGAUGGCAUGUAUAAGUAAAUCCAAGUUAGUGACAUCAUCAAAUGAUCGGCACCACGAACACGAGGUGGUGAUUGGUAUGGCAAUGGAAGUGACGGUUUCACUCUUCGAGUGGCUAUUGAUGUUUAUUGUUAUGCCAUUGAAAGAAACACCAAAGAUUAGUAAGUGGUUUAUGGUGGUAUCAAAAUUGUCCCGAAAGACUAAAGUGACAUGUGAAGAACAUCUUUGUUAUCAACCAGAAAAUGAUUUUGAAGGUCUAGAUGUAAUUAUGUCACGAAAUGAAUGUAUUAAAUAUGAUGCGUGUAGAUUGGAGAGGAUGGAAGUUCAAAUAGAAAGAAUCGAGGAUAAUUUAGAUUGUAUAUGUAGGAGAUUAAUUAGAACAAGGGUCUCCCUGUUAAACAUUGUUUCCAACUAUUAG